AUGCCGAGCUAUCUGAUUGGAAGGGUGGUCGAUCCGAUCCUGGGGCUCGCUACAGGCGUGAUGGCGUAUGUGCUGUGGGAGAACGAUGGACGCAACUCGCACGAGCGUCCCACAGGUCGUACCCUUCCCGAGCUUGUACGUCGACGAUACUACAGCGAAGAGCCUCCCGCGAGCUUGUACGCUGGGCCGGAAGCAACCACACGAUCGCUGUUCCACAUCCCCUCAGCCUCGCACAAGGCCACUCCCACCGACUCGGCAAGCUCAAGGUCGACAGAGCAGAUCAUUGCAGAUGCCAAGGAAAAGGCGGCUCGUGCAAAGGGUCAGGCUGGAGCAGAUCUGCGUGCCAUCAGAUCCGCCGUCACCGACGAAUGGAAUCAGUCAAACUCGCGAUCCUAA